AUGGUGAAACAACAAAACGAACUAAGAAGGCAUAUAAAAAGAAUGAAUAUUUGGAUAGCAGCCAGUGACGGCAGACAAGAUUUGGUGGAACAAUACCUUACCGCAGAAAACACACCUUUCACAGCAAAUAGUAAAGAUCCUAACGGUUACACACCGAUCCAUGCUGCCGCAGCAUACGGUCACAAGGAUCUAUUACGUUUGCUUUGUUCCACUUAUAACGGUGAUGUGAAUGUCAGAGACAGUGAUGGUGAUACGCCGUUACAUCAUUGUGAAGAUUUGGAGACAGCCACGAUGAUCAUCGAGGAACUGAACGGUGACUUCACGAUAGCUAAUAAUGAAGGGAAAACCGCCUUACAAACUUUUGAAGAAGAUGGUGAGUUUCCUGAUUUGAUUCAAUAUAUGAGAGAGAAGUCUGGGAUUCCCGUGGAACAAGAUAGUUUGGGAUUGAACCAGGAGGAAUUGGCUCAGUUCAAGGAUAGCAUACGUUACACUUUGGAACAAGACCCAGCUGGUGAGAAUGAUGAUCCUGAGUCACUUGCACGUAGACAAAGAUUAGAACAGAUUAUACAGGGAGACAAUGCAGAACAGGAACUGGAAAACUAUAUCAGAGAAAUGGUCAGAUCCCAACUUAUCGGCGGUGGUGCGAACGAUGAUCAAUCAGAAGUCGAGCCAGAUUCCAAGCGUAGAAGGUAG